CCGUUAAGGUAUUGAAAUUUCAAAUGAUAUGAUCGAAGUUGCCAGACAAAAACAUAAAAGCGCGAACAUAAUGUAUGAAGUUGCAGACGGUAAAAAUUCCAUCGAACACUUUCCUAUGUGGAAGGCUACAUUUAACAAAGUUGUUUCAGUACAUGCAUUGCACUGGAUACAGGAUAAAGUUGGAGCAGUUCGUAACAUCUACGAUUCUCUGAAAAUUGGUGGGGAGUGUUUCAUCAUAUUUUGCGGACCGAUACAUCAAAUGCUAGGCAAUAGUCCUGAUGAACUUCCCUAUUAUUUGAAGAAUCACACUAAAUGGAAAAAAAAACUUGAGGGAUACGUUCAUAAAAUGUACAAUCAUUUGAAUCUGGAUGACACCCAGAAACUAUUUGAAUCUGUUGGUUUUGAAGUACUCGAAAAAAAGUCAUAUAAGCCAUGUGAAAAUCUCGACAUCUUCAGUAAGGAAGAACUGAGCGAAUACCUGCGUACACUCCUUGGACAGCUGCAGUAUUUGCCACAACAAUACCACACAGAGUUUCUUCAAGAUGCAACAGACUGGAGUAACCAAAACUUUCCCGUCAAUCAUGGAGGACACAGACACAUCAAAAUGGAAGUUAUUGUUGUCCAUGCUAUUAAAAAGUAAAUUUGAUAUGCGGUUCCAAGAAUAACAUUUUUAAAAGACCGUAAAUCGUUUAUUUUACGACUUCCUAGAAGUACUUAUAUUAUUAAUCCAACAAAAAAGUGUAAAAUAUAUAAUAGAGAGUUAUAGAAAGAAAUGUAGUAUUUUACAUUCUAAUUAUAA